AUGGAGAAAGAGAGAAAAGGAAGAUGCACCGGCGUUGAUGAAAAAGAGAAGCCCAAUUUGAUGUGGUCGAUGAAAUGGUUCCAGACCGGAAGACGCUUUUUCGUUUAUUGCGGGGGCUUCUCCGUCGCUGGAGGACGGGUCGACGAACAUCGAGGGACCUUCUGCUUAUUUAUGACGAUCCGACCAAGUCACGAAGGAAGCGGUUAA